AUGACAGUAACUAGCUCCAUGGACGCCGUCGCCUCUGGCCCCACGUCCAUCACACGUCCGGUCUCGUCUCCUCCCAAGGUCGCGCCUCUUCCCGAUCCAAGAGUCGCGAAGUGGCCCCAUUCGUACAUGCGCAACGAGGUCAAGGACCCCAAGGUGCGGCUUGCCGAGCGUGGCGAGGCCAAGAAACCCCUCAAGCUCAGUGCUCUCAUCGCGUUACGCGAAACUCCCCCCGUGGUGUCGAAAACGCAUCCAUCGACACUGCCCUCGUCGAGUCUCUCGUCCACCCCGACUAGCUCUCAGCCGUUGUGCAUGUCGUCUCCCACCCUACAGUUGGCUUCCGGGUGGCCGCAUUCACCGUCGGAAUGGGAGUAUAGGCCCCUGUUUGUCUCGAACUUCCAGCAGCCCUUGGCUCUUCCGAUCUCCACAAAUGUAACGGGAGCCGACAUGGGACCAAUAAAAUGCGCGUGUAAACCGGAUUGGAAGGGCAGCGAAUGGGAGUGCUUCUUCCGCGAGCGGCCUCUCGGAUCCAACAUUGUGGUCGGGGGCAUGGGCGUGCUCCUUUACACGAUGUAG